AUGAGCAACAAUGGCGACGAUAAUGAUGAGUUCCAUCCUCUCCUCCAAGGCAUGUUGGGUAUCCGCAAGUGGACCGUUGAACUGGAGGAGGGAGAAAAUGUCCCUGAAAAGGGGACGCGCCCUGGCCAAUUUCUUGCGCGCAGAAAGAUGUCGCCACUGGAAGCAUUGAUAAUAGAGAAGGCAAACCUGCAGUGUGUCAAGAGAAUGUACAAACUGUGCCCUGAAGCACUGACUCCGGGCCUUUGCAAAAAUGCCGCUAGGUGUGGAUAUCCUUCCAACUUGGAGGAACUGCUCACGAAGUCCCUUUCUGAUGACAGCGAGGAGAGCGACGAAGAGAGUUCUAGUUCGCAUCCAUUCUUCAGUAUUGCCAAAACUAGGGUGUUUUCCAUUCCUGAAUGGGACUAUGACAGCGAUUCCAGCUUCCACAUGAGAGAACUUCCUGAGCAAGACCUGUACCCACUUGAGCUGUUGGUAGUUUGCAAGGCAAACCUCUAUUCUAUCCAGAAGAUGUUUCACCUGUUCCCAGAAGCUCUAACAGGAGUUCUACUUCGAAAUGCUCUCAGAUAUGGCUGCCAGCCUGGGGUUGUCGGUUUCUUUGUGGAUCAGAAUCCUUCCGUAGUUAUUCAGGAUUGCCUCUACUUUGCUGUGAGUCGUGGACCGGACCCCCACAACCAACCCACAGAACAGGACAUUAAGAAGCUGGCAGCAGCAAACCCAGGGCAGGUGCUCACCAGAUGCCAUGCUGAACAUAAUGGGUACACCCCUUUGGAGGUAGCUCUUCAACGGGACUGCUUCAGCACAAGCCUACUUGGUUUUUUUGCUCAAAGCUGUCUAAGUGCAGACACGGACAGUUCGCUGGACCAUCUUCAUUUAUAUGAUUCUUACUGCGGUCUCAUGGCUAGCUACUACGUUGAUCAUGAAAACUGUAUAAUAAUCGAGGGCGCGGACGUGGCCAACAUCAGGGCCAUAUCUCCUUUGAUCUCGAAGGCAAAGAGCAUCUGGGCCAGAUUGCAAGAGUGUUGGAGAAAUGGUGCUAAGGGUGCUGAGCUUUUUUGCUGCCUGCUAGAAAUGAACAACCUCAAAGACUUGGAGAUUGUGAUCCCGGAAGACUUUGAGAACUAUGUUGGCAUUGAAUCGCAAGCAAGUCACCUUGAUUUGGUCCAGCCUCUCUUGGCCAGAAGUGGGAUUCAGAUGCUUGAAAUUAGUGGCUCUGUAGGUGAAAGCCGAUUCAGGUAUCAGAGGUUCCUUGAGAGUCUUGACUAUGGAGUGGCCCAAAUGCCUCAGCUUGAAGAAUUGAGGGUUGAUUUGAGUCGCAGUGAUCACCUUCAACAAGUUGUGCCUGUACUUUGUGAGCUUGUAGGGAGAAAGGAAACCAAACUCAAACUCCUGGAGAUUUCAACUUGGCUUGCAACUGCAGAUCAUGGAGACCUGUUCCCACUCUUGGAAGCUUUGGCAAGCAACAAAGAAAACAGUGCAAAUAGGCUAAAGCACUUCCGUUACCGCAAACUAGAUGGUCACAACCAGACCCAAAAUGAAUACCCAGAACGGAAACUCUAUGAAGAUUUCGCCCUCAAGAUGCUCAAAAACUCCAACAUGGCGUUGGAAGCGGCAAGCUUUCGGAGGAGCACUGGAAACACAAUGCUCAAGUACUACAGUGACUUGAAUACAUGUGGUAGGAAGAAGGUGACAAAGUCUUCCGCAACUGUGGCCGAUUUGGUUGGCGUGUUACUGUCUACCCCCAAAGAAGAGGAGUUGUAUUGCAGAUGGGGGGAUUGCAUGCUGGGACUGCAGUAUGGGCUUCUUCGUGAAUCGCCUUCAGUUUGGUGCAAUGCAGGCCAAGCCCUUCAAGGGUUGUCUAAGGCAAUCUCCAAGCCUCGGGUCAAGCGAAUGGCGGAUGGAAGCACCAAACAGAUCUAG